GGAAGACAACAGCGAUGGAAACCAGGAAGUGCAUCUCUCAGCUGCGCCUGUCACCUACCGAAGGGCUCGCGGGGGUGGCGACCCUAAACCGAAUUGGCAGCCAUUUUCACAAACUAUAAUUCGAGAUUUAUGUAAGGCGCACAAAGAAUUUGGGAGAGAGAGCCCGUACUUCCGCGGCCUCCUUCAGGCAGACCUAGCAGCUGCGACAACCCUUCCUGCAGAUUUAAAGCAAUUAUUUUCUUGCCUGAUGACACCGGCUGAAUUUGAAUUAUGGCUUGCUGCAUUUAGGCAAGCCCUGCGGGAAGAGCUGCCGCACCUGCCACUCCCAGCAAUUGAUGAGGGAGGUAAUCCCCUUACUGUUGAAUUGCUGGGAGGAGAAGGUUCCUUCGAGUCCCCUCAAGUUCAGGCACUGCUCAUUCCACCAGCAGUUUUGCCUAGGGUGCGAGACCUGGCCUGCAAAGCCUUUUUCACGAUGCAGCCUCGUGCACCCCUGCCGCCGUUCACCCAGAUUAGGCAAGGGGACACAGAAUCAUUUGUAGAUUUCGUGGACAAGAUGACUAGGGCUUUGGAAAUACAAGUAACGGACGGGCUUGCCCGUAAGAGAAUUUUGGAGGAGAUUGUUUUUGCUAAUGCUAAUAAUGUGUGCAAACAAGCGAUUUUAAGUCUCCCUCCAGAACCCCCACGGACUCUACAGGUGAUGCUGCAAGUUUGCCAGCAAAAGGUCCCUUUCCUGCUUCAACAUAUGACCACCACAAGCAAGCAGGGAACUCGGCAGGUGCAUGCUGCGGAAGAUGCGACUCUUCGUCGCCCACAGGCCCGCAAGCCGGCAGCGUCGAACCCAGCCAGAGCACGGGUCGAGUGCUACCUCUGCCAUGAAAAAGGGCAUUUUGUGAGCCAAUGCCCGCAUAACUUGCUGGCAAAGCCUCGGCCGCAGCAGGAGGACUCCCAACACAAUUCAAAAAACUAGGGGGGGAGUGCGGGCCCACCCGGCAUGAUGACCCCAACAGGGUGGGCAGUGCAGAAGAGAAGGCAGUCAACGCCUUUGGGGGUCACUGGACCAAGACAACUAUCUCGGACUGGCAUUUCCUUCACCCUUCCCAGGAGGGAACUUUCCCAGACUUGACGUUAACACCAUUUUGUAAACCUUACAGGUUGAGGCUCACUCACAGUGCGCACCUCAGAGAUACCAGCUGGUACCCAGUUCGCGUGGAUUGCGAAGACCUUCUGGACUGGCCGUUUCAAAGGAAAGAUCCGUCCAACCAUGAGCGCCAAGACUGCCAUCAGUUCAGCCGUCCUCUUCGCCAGUCUCCUGACCAUCGCCCAGGCGUGGCUCGUCCCCCAGCCACAACAGAACGUCUGGGCUGUCUUGGCCAAAUCACUGGGCCAAGACCACAUAUGUCUCAACCAAGCGAGUGCCGCGAAUCCCAUGGCAUCCUGCCUCGUGGGGAUCCCAUUUAAAGAUCGUGAGAUGCCCAAGAUGCUUCUAGGUUAUGCUCAAAAACUUAGACAAGAAGCUGCUAAAAUGGAGCAUAACCUAAAGCAUGCCCAUUACAUCGUCGCGUGGUACAAUUAUAUUAAAAGUCUUCCAAAGUUAGAAAACGAGCCUCAGGAGCUGGAGCUCCUAGGUUCCGCCAGAGCCGAAUCUUGUUUUCAUAUCCGCAACGACCAUGUCCAGCGUCACCACCGUCAUUUUGUCUCCUCCAAAGCCCAUUUUAAUACUCAUUGGUGUAACGCUGUGUCCUUUAGUUAUCCUCCAAUCCCUCCCCAAAAAUCAGCCCAAGUCUUUGCCCAUCCCCGCCAGCUUCCUAGGGGAACAUUCUUGAUUUGCGGAGACCACGCAUGGGCAGGUAUCCCCUCUCACCUCUCCGGAGGCCCGUGCACCUUUGGGACCCUCGGAUUGUUUUCACCCAACAAAUCACAAAUUUUGGAUUGGGGUACACAAAAUUCUACAAAUGGUGCACAUAUAUUGGCACACUCUAGAAAGAAGAGAGAAGACUACUCUCUCAAAAAAUUGGCAGACGAUUGCGAUGAGGAAAUUAUCCAUUGGAGCAGAUCUAAAGGCAUCGCAAUCACAGUAUUUGCGCCGUGGGUCGCCAUUGCUAAGACCCUCGGAGAAUUAGGCCAUUUGGAAUGUUGGGUAGCUAAGCAAUCCCGUUUGACUUCUAGGGCCCUAUCAAACCUCCUGAAAGAUGAGGAAAUUACGAGGCAGGCAACCCUCCAGAAUCGUGCAGCCAUCGAUUACCUCCUGCUCCUCCACGGUCACUCGUGUGAGGAGUUUGAGGGGCUCUGCUGCUUUAAUUUGACAUCUAGGGCCAAGGGGACUCGCGAGGCACUCAAACAAAUGGAAAACAUGAUAGGAGACAUCAAACAAGAAUACGGGGACUGGCUCAGUAAUUUAUUCAAGGGAUGGGGGAUCUCGGGUUGGACGGGAUCGAUUCUUAGAACUGUUCUGUUAAUUGUUUUUGUGCUUUUUGUUGCUAUUGCCAGCCUUGGACUAAUGAAAAAGAUGUUGCAGAAUUUGAUUUCUUCCUCCACAUCACCACUCAAAGCUGAAGUCCACCGAGUAGCCGUUGAAGUAGGCCCAGAAGUGUUCAAGGAGGAGGAGGAAAGCUUCGUUGAUGAGGACGAGCAGGCUGAACAGCUUGAAAUCAUCGUGGAAGAAGUGCGCAGCUUUCCUCGAGAACAAUGGCCUACUCAACAGCAGUGGUUUGCAGAAUCAUACCCACGUUCUGAACACCUGGUGGACCCCCCUCAAUUCGGAUAUCUGAGAUAGAACUCACAGGGUCAAAAAUAAAAGAAAAGGGGGAGAUGUGGUGGUGUGGAUGGUUGAACUUUCCCCAUUUCAGUAUGUUGAACCUCAGUUGGACUCC